UGACAUUAGAUCAAAAAUUCUGGAAACACACUUGUUGGAGGAGAUGUGCGCAUAAUCUAACGACAUCAAUACGCCUUCAUAAUUAGGCUGAACUCCAUACUAUACGCUCUCUAUAAAAUCUCUAAUCCCCCAUUUCACAGCUACAAUAAUACUUAAUACUUAACAAACCUCUACUCCAAAAUUCCCAAAACUUCCCUAAAUUUCCAUACCCCAACUCAUCUUACUCUCCCCCACCCAUCACCUUACUAAAACUACCAAUAAAUUUCUUCCUAAUUUCCAUCACCCUCAGUUUCUUCCCGCUAUUUCAUAAGUUCUAAAAGCCACAAAUUGUUUUAACUAUUUUACAGUUUACCAUAUGGUGAAAGCAGGUUAUAAUGAAGUGGCUGAUUGGUGGUUAUUGGGGGGACAAGUAGUGGGAGGGGGAGAGAGAGAGUGGGAGAGGAAGAGACUUUGGGGUGAGGGGGUGAGAGGAUGAGAGGGGAUUUUAGGGGGAUGGUUAGGUAUGUGAGGGGAGAUAGGGGAGGUGGGAAGUGGUAAGGUGAGAUGGAGAGGGGAUAGGGGAGAGGAAUGGGGUAAGGGAGAUGAGCUAUUUGGGGUUCAAGUGGGUUUUUGGUAUGGAGGAGAUGUUAGGAAUGGAGAGGGAGUAGUUUUAUGGAGUGAAAGUGUAAGAAAGAUGGUAUAA